AUGUCGGGGUCUGAUGGCGGAGGCGAUUUCACUAUGUGCAUAUAUCAGCGCGUCAACUUCGCUUCCUUAGCGGCCGAGCGCGUGCACCCAGCGUUUGUCUCUGCGGUGUUCAUCCAGCGCUACAAAUUGACUAUCCAAUUACAAUACCUAGAGUCGCAGAUUGUCGACCUAAAGCAGUCGAAUCGGAACUACGCGCAGCGUUUCUUCUGUUCGGCGAUGGCGGCGCCACCUACUCCGCAUCCUUCGGCGACAUCAAUGAAUAGUUGGGGUUAG